AGCAUGUUGUUGUCACUAAUGUAGUCAUGCGGUUUGAUCCGUUUACGAAAGAGUGGAAAAUGGUUGCUAGCAUGAGAACACCGAGGACUCGCUUUGCUUGUGCUGCUGUCUCUGGCAAGGUUUAUGUUGCUGGAGGUUGCAAUUUAACGCAAUCCAGUGGAGUUUCAUCUGCUGAGGUUUAUGAUCCUGUGGCUGAUAGGUGGGAGGAUUUACUAGAAAUUCCUAGACCAGAAAUGAACUGCUCUUGGUUUGGGUUAUCGUACAAAGGGUCCUUUCAUGUGCUGAGAGCUGGAGAGCAAAUUUCUACUCAAGCCUUCAAUCCAUUAGAGAUGAGUUGGUCCACUGUGGUGGAUAUCUGGCCCCUCCCUAGGAGGAUGAAUUAUGCUGUUCAGGUGAUGAAAAAUGAUCGACUCUACUCUAUUGUAACCCAAGUACUGGGAGGAAGAUUGAUCCAGACUAGGGGGGAUACAGAUGAUGAAGGAGAAUGGUAUACUCUUGGCUCAGUUCCUUGUGUUGUUGUUCUUCCUGAUGAUCCGAGGGAGCCACAGGUGCUCGGACACGGGUUUGCAGCUCUAAGGGAUGAGCUUUAUGUUAUAGGAGGCCGGUUCCUUAAACUGGAAAAAUCAGGUGCAGGGGGAUUUGAGAGAUUGUCUGUCGUGAGGGUGUGUGACCCUUUAGUUAGGCCUCUGAUCUGGAGAGAGGCCAAACCUAUGUGCCUUCCAGCCGCUGGGCCUAUCACUGGGUGUGUAUCUUUGGAAGAAUCAUCUCCACCUUAACCAAAGCGGGGUCAUGGAGUGUCUGUGUGGUGUUAGCAAGAGGUCGUCCCAUUAAUUGUCAAAGGUUACAAGUUAUCAGUGUGCGUGGAUGCUUUUGUUAAAGGAAACUAGCUAUCAGUGAAGGCAACCUAUAACUGUAAUGCAUUUAUGUUCCGGGUAAAAAAAGCUUCUAACAGUUUGAUUUGAAGUGAAUUCAGUAUGUUAAUGAUUUGAACAAGUUUAUUUAA